AGGCGUCACAAUAACACGCAGCUUUCGGUGGGAAAAUGAUUUCUCCACUAUUUACCGUUCACAAUAUUCAUGAAUAAUCGACUGUUAAAAGUAAGCAAGUGUGCUAACUGAAUGACAAUUUAAUAGUGAGUUUGCAUCCCGUGACAUUAUUUUUGUUUAUCUGGAUAUAAAAAGUUUACUCUCCCUUUUGUUUGCUAGCAUGCUAACUCCAUAGUAGGAGACGAUUUCCUGCGGUCAAAGUUCUGUUUUCCCACGCGGAUGUACAUCUGGUGAUUAACACUAAACGUUACUACUGUAAAAGGCGUUUAUUUGCACGUAGGAGUGGAUUUUAAAGUGUCAACAAUGCCGGUAAUCAAACUCCAGCACGUCGUGUCGUGUAGCACCGAGGACAAUACCCACAAGGCAGAUAAUUUGCUGAGUGCGGACACGUACAGAAAGUGGAAAGCUGCCCGACCAGGGGAGAAGCAGACUUCAGUGAUUCUGCAGUUUGAGAAAGAGGAGCAAGUGCACAGCAUCGACAUUGGUAAUGAAGGCUCAGCGUUCGUCGAGGUUCUGGUGGGGAACUCUUCCUCCGUCCGAGACCAGGACUACGAGGUGCUGCUGGUCACGUCAUCCUUUAUGUCGCCCACGGAAAGCCGCAACGGCACGAAUAUGAGCAAGGUACGCUUCUUCGGACCCGGACAACUGCAGAAGAGUACGGCACAGGAGAAGUGGGACCGUGUGAAAAUUGUCUGCAGCCAGCCUUACAGUAAAAACAUAGCAUAUGGCCUCGCCUUCAUCAAGUUCCACUCGCCUCCAGACAAAAAUGACCCUCCAGUGACAUCACCAAAGUUGACCAAGCUGGGUCAAUUCCGGGUGAAAGACGACGCUCCCACUUCAGGCUCCAACAUCCAACCCGGCAGUCUUUUCUUCAGCGCCAAGUCCAGUACUUCCCCCAAAGCUUCACCACAGAGUAACAAGUUGAGCUACGCUGCUGCCACUCUGCAAGCCGCCGGCCCAGCUGCCACAGCAACCACCCCUUCAUCAUCUUCCGCUUCACCACAGACACCUGCGAAGAGAAAAUUUGAGUUUAGCAAAGAGCGUCAGUCAGCCCCUGGCCCUCCUCCGCCAAAGAAAAGUAGCCCAGGAAACUCACCAGAAUCAAAACUCACGACUCCUAAAGUCAAGACAAGCACGCCGAGCCCUGGUGCCUCCAAAGCCUUGCCGGAGAAGACAUCUGCAGAAAAGAAGCGUGAGAGUUUGCCAAAAGCCAAAGAGCACCGGUCCAAAGGUGCUAAGAGUCCAGAGCGAGUGCCCUUCAAGCGCAUCAUGGAGGGAGUGGUGUUUGUUCUAAGUGGCUUCCAGAAUCCUUUCAGGGGAGAACUGAGGGAGAAGGCUCUAGACAUGGGAGCCAAGUAUCAGCCUGACUGGACGCCCGACUCCACACAUCUCAUCUGUGCCUUUGCUAACACCCCCAAGUACAGCCAGGUGAAGUCAGCGGGCGGCAUGAUCGUGCGCAAGGAAUGGGUCAUUGAUUGCCAUAAAAGGAAACAGAAACUUUCCUAUAAGAGUUAUUUGAUGGAUGGUGCAGAGUCGAGCUCAGAGAGCGAAAUGGAGGCUGACGACCAAAGCGAGGAGGAAGUCAGCGCAAAGACGCCACAAAAGCUGUCCAAGCAAGUCACUCCGAAAGUGGAAGCCGAGACAAAAAAUGUUGACGAGUAUGCCGGCUCCACCGAUGUGGACGAUGAGCCAGGUGCUGACGAGGAUUCUGCCGUGGACACGGAGGAUGAGCUGCAGAGGGUGGAGAGCGAGAACAAACAGAAGAAGAUGGUCAAGCAGGAAGAAGAUCCCUACGGCGGUUCCACAGACGAGAACACUGACGAGAACACGGACGCAGAGCCUGAACAGGAUUAUCCAAUCCCGGAUCUGCCGGAUUACCUCAAUGGGAAGCACUUUUUUCUCUAUGGAAAGUUCCCUAACAAUGAGAGGAGACUACUGACUCGCUACAUUGCUGCCUUUAAUGGUGAACUGGAGGACUACAUGUCAGACACGGUGCACUUUGUGGUGACCAGCGAAGGAUGGCACGACUCCUUUGAAGACGCGCUGAUGGAGAACGGCAACCUGAACUUCGUCAAGCCCGCGUGGAUCUACGCCAUCAACAAGCGUCAGAAGCUUCUGCCCUACCAGCCGUACACCGUGGUGCCAUAAAAAGAAAAAAACACUUUGGGGUUUUAUUUUAAUUAGUUUUGUUUUGUUGGAAUGAACUACAGUUGCUCACUUUUUAUUGGUUCAAGCUGUUCGGCUAUGUUUUACUUGUAAAACUUGCAUCGGCAUCAACUUGAACUUUUUUUUUUUUUUGUGGAAAAUUUAAGAUGGUCUGUGACUGGCUUACCUCUUCUGGGAAAUUUGUCAAGGCUGCUGCGCCGCGACUGCUGGCGGCGGCAACGACGCUGAUAAGACUCUUUUUAUGAGGUCAGAGCAAAGUCAGGUGAAAGGUUCUACUUGUUCCACUUGGUUGUUUCCCCCCUCCCCCAUUUUCUGUGAGUGGACUGCUUCCAAUUUGAUGAAUUUGGGUUUGAGAUACUUUUUUUGUAAUAUUGCUCACAAGAAACGACACUGGCGAGCCCACUUUUGUAGUUAUGUUGGAAUAAACAAAGAUGAUUUUGAAUUUGAUGAUUUUUACGCAGUUGGAGUUAGUUUUAUGUUCCAGUUUUGUUUUUGUCCAUUGGUGAUUUUUUUUUAAGGGGGAGGGGCAUGUAAAGCAUUCACAGCCAAUUCUACCAGUUUGAAACGUUAUUCCCUGUCAAUGUCAGGCAAUAAGUUAGGUACCUUACUAUAGAAAGAAAAUCAAUAGAGUGUUGCAUAGAGCUGUGACUAGUGUGGAUUUCAUUAGUUUUAAUGGACAUUUUAUUUAUAGAUAUUUAUACUUUUUUUUUAAGAAUACUGAAGAUCAAGAUUAAUUUAUAUACGUAUACAUACAUACAUACAUACAUACAUAUAUUAAGCAGGCAUGAAAAUCCCUCACCUUUCGGCGAAAUUCGCCGUUUUGAAGUCAAAAAGGAUGACCUACGUGAAUCGU